AUGGGUUUCAAGUGUUCUUACGCAAUCACUGAUCGAAAUACAUGUGAUACAUGUGAUGUGAAUGUGUAUAUGAAUGGUGCGAAUGGGCCACCAGGGUGCUUGGUACCUGUGUGUUUACGCCACAGGAUUGAGCUGUGCUGUUCAGAUUGUAGCGUUGAAGCGUGUAUAGUGUCUGGAUCUCCU